AUGACGCUGAAGAAACGGACAUACCUUUCUGAAAACCAAAUCCAUGCCAGGAUUGAGGCUCAAGAAACGCCAUCGAAUCACUCAAGGAUGGCGAAAACAAAUAUUGUGAUAGUCGGUGCAGGAGUUUCCGGAUUAACAACCGGUCUUCUGCUCGCUAAAAACCCAAAAUACAGCAUCACCGUCAUAGCGAAACACAUGCCUGGAGACUACGAUAUCGAGUAUUGCUCGCCUUGGGCUGGUGCAAAUUACACCCCGUUUUCUACAGCAGGUACGCGCGAAGCGAGAUGGGAAAAGGAGACUUGGACCCCCCUUGCGGACUUAGCCGAGAAAGUACCUGAAGCUGGAAUUCAUUUCCUGAAAUCACGAGAAUACGUCCGAGAUAAGGACCAUAACAAUACAAGAACCACAAAUCCGUGGUUCAAAUCCUUCAUCCCAGAUUUCCGCGUCCUUGACACCUCAGAACUACCUAAAGGUAUAGACGGUGGCAUCGAAUACACAUCCAUCUGCAUAAACCCAGCCCUCUACCUCCCCUACCUCCUCGGCCGCUGUCGCGCCUCAAGAAUCAUCGUCAAACGCUCAAUAAUAACACACAUCUCGCAAGCCUACACCCUUCACCACACCACCAAACCAGCAGACAUAGUCAUAAAUUGCACCGGACUCUCCUCCCUCACUCUCGGCGGCGUCCUCGACACAACCAUGGCUCCAAUCCGCGGCCAAACCAUCCUCGUGCGUAACGAAGAUCCCAUGAUGAUCGGCACAACCGGGACAGAUAUCCCCGACGAACUGACUUAUGUGAUGAUGCGCGCAUCCGGCGGCGGAACGAUUCUUGGUGGGUGCGCGCAGAAGGGCAAUUGGGAGGCGGAGCCAGAUUUGGAGAUGGCGGAGAGGAUUAUGGGGAGGGUGAAGGAGUUGGAUCCGGGGUUUGUGGGGGAGGGGCUGGAUGUUGUGAGGCAUGCUGUGGGGUUGAGGCCGUGGAGGGAGGGGGGUGUGAGGUUGGAGAAGGAGAGGGUGGGGGAGGGGUGGUGUGUGCAUAAUUAUGGUCAUGCUGGGUAUGGGUAUCAGACUUCUUUUGCUUGUGCUGGUGAUGUUGUUAAGCUUGUAAAGGAGAUUGUUGGGGAGAGGUCGAUGGCAUGA